AUGGUGAGUGUAUUCAUUAUGAGGCGCACCGGCCUUCCCGCCCGUGACCUCCGCAUAUUGGACCCUCUCCUCUCCUACCCUUCCACCCUUCUUGGCCGUGAGAGGGCCAUCGUCAUCAACUUGGAGCACAUCAAGGCCAUCAUCACCGCCCACGAGGUCCUCCUCCUCAACUCACGUGACCCCUCCGUCACCCCCUUCGUCCAAGAGCUCCAGGCUAGGAUCCUCCGCCACCACCAGGCCUUCUCUUCCAAACAUCACGACCACCACACCGACUCCGACCCCGACCACGACCACGUCCCUGAUGCCAUCAAGAUUCUCCCUUUCGAAUUCGUGGCCCUAGAGGCCUGCCUUGAAGCCGCCUGUAGCGUAUUGGAGAACGAGGCAAAGACGUUGGAGCAGGAGGCUCAUCCCGCCUUGGACAAGCUCACAUCCAAGAUCAGUACUCUCAAUUUGGAACGCGUUCGUCAAAUUAAGAGCCGAUUGGUCGCCAUCACUGGCCGUGUUCAGAAGGUGAGGGAUGAAUUGGAGCACUUGCUGGACGACGACGAUGAUAUGGCUGAGAUGUAUCUGACGGAUAAGUUAGCCGAACAGCAGAUGGAAGAGAGCUCUUCCGCAUCCUCCAUAAAUGACCACGACGAGCAGGAUAUAGAUGACAGGACCACUACAGAAAUAUAUAUAUGUUAA